AUGGCUUCGACUGCAGGACUGACACGACGGAGAGGAGGCGGUGGAGGCGGCGGCAGCGGUUCGGGCGGGAAUGACGAGGAGGGCCGCAGCGGAUCACCAAGCACAAGCACAAGACCCAGCGAAGCGAGAACUGGCGGGGAAACAUCGUACACUACGGAGAAUGGACACAAGAUUGCGUUCGACCCGAGAGAUAUCAGCGAGAAUCAGGAGAGGAAUAAGCAGCCAAAGUUGACCUUGAUGGAGGAGAUCCUGCUGCUGGGACUGAAGGACAAGCAGGGAUACUUGUCAUUCUGGAACGACAAUAUCUCGUAUGCCCUCCGAGGCUGUAUAGUCCUCGAGCUUGCCUUCCGCGGACGCAUCUCUAUGCAGAAGGACUCCUCCCGCCGGCGUUUCCCACUGGCAGACCGCAUCAUUGAGGUGAUCGACGACACGCAAACCGGCGAGGUACUGCUCGACGAAGCUCUCAAGAUGAUGAAGGCAUCUGAGAAGAUGAGCGUAAGCUCCUGGAUCGACCUCAUGAGCGGUGAAACAUGGAACCUCAUGAAGAUCGGCUACCAGCUUAAGCAGGUGCGCGAGCGGCUCGCAAAGGGCCUGGUGGACAAGGGGAUCCUCCGCACCGAAAAGCGCAACUUUUUGCUUUUCGACAUGGCCACUCACCCAGUCGCCGACGGGGGCGCCAAGGACGAGAUCCGCCGGAGAGUCAGAAAUGUAUUGACAUCCCGCACGGUCGUGCUACCGGGAAACCCCUUCCUGCCCGAAGAGAUGGAGUUCCGCUUCCUGCGCACCGUGGCAAUGGUCUGUGCGGCGUAUGCUGCGAAUGUACUGGAGAAUGCGCUGGCGACACUUGGACAUGAAGCCAGGGAACGAGCGUUCGCGCAUGUAGAUGAGCUGUUGGCCGAGUACAGCCAGUGGCCAUUUGGGAAGAGGAAUACGGCCGGGGGAGUUGGGCAGAACUUGGGGCAGGCUACGAGUGAGGAGGUGAAUAAUAAUAAGGACAGGGAGCUCCAGUUGGAGGUAGUAUCAGCUGUUUUGAGCGUCUUUACCAGGCUAGACUCGCUCCUGUAG